AUGGCUUGGGUACUGUCGGACCUUCAUAUCAGUCCCGCGACUGCAGGGUGUGGGAUCAUUGUUAUCGCGGCUGUCGUGCUCCUCACACCUGUUUGUUUCCGGCUUUUGUAUCUGGACUUCCCCACGAUCAAGGGUAUCCCUGAAAUUCCAGGCGGUGACUUGAUCCAUGGCCAUUUCUAUGAGUUGGGGGACGACCAUGCCACCACGGCAGAGAAGUGGUCGUUACAAUAUUCAUGGCCGGUCUUCCAAAUUCGCAUGGGUCGAAGGCGAGCCAUACUACUCAAUGGCUUCCAUGCCGCUCGCGAGUGGCUGGUGACCAAUCAAGCCUCGACAUUAGAUCGCCCUCGUUUGUAUACCUUUCACGGAGUGGUUUCCGCGACUUCUGCUGCUACUAUUGGAACGAAUCCAUGGGAUGAACGAACCAAAAAGCAACGCCGAGUGGUCGGAUCGUACACCACUGGCCCGGCCAUCAGGCAGAUGCGAUCAAUGCUCGACCUGGAAGUGUGUGCCAUGAUAUCGGCCAUCUACUACGACAGCAAGAAAGGGGAGAUCGAUCUGAUGCCCCACAUCUAUCAGAAACGCCUCGCACUCAAUCUGAUGAUGAUGUUCUGCUACAGCACUCGAUUUCCCACUGUCACCGACCCUCUGUUGCUCCAGAUUCUAUCGGACGCCACGACCAUUGCAAGUUUUCGAUCCACUGUUGCCAAUCCACAAGACUUCAUUCCGCACCUGAGAUACAUCGCCAGCUCCAUGCGAUCCCAGACAGCCGUCGCAGUGCGAGAUCGCCGGGAUAAGUGGCUAGCAUCCAUGCUCACAACAGUGCGUGAGCGCCUGGGCCUGAACAAGGCAAUGCCACGGAAAUGCGUAGCGGAAAUGCUGUUAACAGACAGUGCUCAAGGCCUAACACCAUUUGAUGUACGAACCAUCCUUGGUGGUUUGAUAUCUGGUGGAUUUGAGACGGUGUUUUCCACCGCGAUCAUCACCAUCGGUGUGCUUGCGACAAAUGUGGGCCAGAAGAUCCAGGAGAGGGCGUAUCAAGACAUUUUGAAUGCUUAUGCGAACCCCGAGGAAGCGUUCGAACUUGCCGUCGACGAAGAAAGAUGCCCCUAUAUCUCUGCUCUGGUCAAAGAGGCUCUGAGGUUCUAUCCACCCUUGAAACUACUUCCAGCACGUCAGAUGAACAAGCAGUUUGACUAUCAUGGAGUCACCAUUCCACGAGGGGUCCUUUUAUACGUGAAUGCUCAAGCAGCCAAUCGAGACAGAGGAGUAUAUGGCCCUGACGCAGACCAAUUCCGCCCGGAACGGUGGCUCGAGAAGACGUUCGAAGUCCCACCGCCAUACCAUUUCUCCUUUGGCGCCGGCGGCCGCAUGUGCACGGCGGUGAACUUCUCCAACAAAGCCCUGUACGCCAUCUUCCUCCGUCUCAUCGUGGCGUUCCGAAUUACGCCGAGCGCCUCGGGUCCGCCAGAUACGCACUACGUUCACUACAAGCGGGAUGCCGCGGCGUCUAAUGCCAUCGCAAAGGAUUUUGCUGUCCGUUUCACGCCUCGGGACCCGCAGGCAUUGGAGAGAUGCUUCGAGCGCUCCCAGAGCAUGUCGGCUGAUGAAGCUGGCAACGGGGUUGGGGAGGUUCUGAAAAGAGAUUGA